AUGAAACUUGGAGCGCCGCUUCUCAUGGCGGUUUCGCUUAUCCUAGUCCACCCCGUUUUCUCCAAUGCUGCCGCGAGGGUGACCUCGAGGAAGCCAGAAUGCCACGAAGACGAGAGGUCGGCCUUGCUAGAGUUCAAGAGAGCCUUCUUCAGCGAGAGCUUGUGCGAGUCCUACGAUUACCUCGUGACCGCGAAGCUAGAAUCAUGGCAGGCGGUGAAGGGAGAAGCCGGGGAUUGCUGUGCUUGGGAUGGCGUCGAGUGCGAUGAGGAGACAGGCCGUGUGAUCAGCCUCGACCUCGAGAAUAGCUGCCUCCUUGGCCCAAUCGACUCUAACGCCAGCCUCUUCCGUCUUGUUCACUUGCAGAGGCUCAACCUCGCGGCCAACGACUUCAGAUCGUCCCAAAUACCAUCUGCCAUAGGCAAUCUCCAGGAGCUAACGAGCUUAGUCCUCUUCCAAUCUUCGUUUCAUGGACAGAUCCCGUGGGAAGUCCUGAACUUGACCAACUUGUCCUUCCUUGAUCUUUCUAAUAAUGCCCUGGAGCUCAAGAGUCCUAGUAUAGAGAACCUAGUCCGCAGUCUGACCAAAUUGGAGGGACUCAACCUCUGUCAAGUGCUCACGUCGAGUCCGCUUCCUGACGCGAUUGCAGAGCUGUCCAAUUUGACCUCCCUAUUGCUUGCCAACUGCAGUUUGCGAGGCGAGCUCCCUAUGGCCACCUUCGAGUUGCCGAGGCUCAAAACUCUUGACGUGAGCCUCAACAAGAAUCUCUCCGUCCGUAUGCCAGAGUUUCGUCAGAGCAGCCGGCUAAAGUCAUUGUCGCUUUCCUGGACUAGGUGUUCUGGUCAGCUCCCAAGUUCACUUGGCAACCUGAGUUCUCUAAUUGAGUUGAAGAUCGCAAGCUGUGAGUUAUCAGGGAUCAUUCCAUCUUCAGUGGGCGAGUUGGCUAGGCUUUAUACGUUGGACUUGAACGGGAACCAGUUGACAGGUGAAAUCCCACCUUCGCUUGGGAAGCUCGUCAGACUUGGCUAUCUCGAUCUUAGCUCCAAUCAACUCUCUGGGAAAUCCCAUCUUCUUUGA